CACAACGCCAGGUUCUGUCGGUCACAGUGUAAUUGUUAUGCAUCAGCGAAGUGCUGCUCUCCAGACUAGCUCGCCUCUCUCUGCUCACUCCAGCUGUGUUGGUGGAGCCCAGCGCGCUGAGUGGAGCUAGGCGGCGUCACUUCACUUCAGUUCGGUCAGCUGCCGCUUCGGUCGGCUUGACAGGCAGGCAGACAGAAAGCAGCGUUUUAAACUCCGGAGCUGCGCUCUUCCAGCUGGUAGCCGUCGCUCAUAUGGCUUCAUGAAAGCUCCUCAGUUCAGUGGAAAUAGCUAAAGGAGGCAGGGGAUUCACCGCACACUCAUUCCGACGGAGGAUAUCGAUAGAGAGGUGACACCUCUGGUAGAAGAUGUCCACAAUGGUGUAUCCUCGUGAAGAGAAGCUGGAGAAGCUGUCACAGGAGGAGAUCAUCUCAAACACUAAGCUAGUGAUCCAGGGCCUGGAGGCACUGAAGAGUGAGCACAACUCUAUCCUGCACAGUCUGCUGGAGACCAUCAAGUGCCUGAAGAAGGAUGAGGAGGCCAACCUUGUGCACGAGAAGUCCAACCUUCUCCGCAAAUCUGUAGAGAUGAUUGAACUGGGCCUGGGGGAGGCACAGGUUAUGAUGGCCCUGUCUAACCAUCUGAAUGCGGUGGAGUCUGAGAAACAGAAGUUGCGGGCGCAGGUGCGGCGGUUGUGCCAAGAGAACCAGUGGCUGCGGGAUGAGUUGGCCAACACACAGCAGAAGCUACAGAAGAGUGAACAGAGUGUGGCUCAACUAGAAGAAGAGAAAAAGCACCUAGAGUUCAUGAACCAGCUCAAGAAAUACGAUGAAGAUGUCUCACCCUCUGAGGAAAAAGAUGGUGAACCACCUAAGGACUCUCUGGAUGAUCUUUUCCCUAAUGAUGAAGAAGAACAUGCCCAAGGAAUGCAGCACCAGCACAACAGUGCGGCUGUGGCCGCAGCGCAGCAGGGCGGCUAUGAGAUACCAGCCCGCCUCCGAACCCUCCACAACCUGGUGAUCCAGUAUGCCUCUCAGGGCCGCUACGAAGUGGCUGUGCCGCUUUGCAAACAGGCUCUGGAAGACCUGGAGAAAACCUCAGGUCACGAUCACCCUGAUGUUGCUACCAUGCUUAACAUCCUUGCCCUGGUGUACAGGGAUCAGAACAAAUACAAAGAGGCAGCACACCUGCUUAAUGAUGCUCUGUCUAUCAGGGAGAAGACUCUGGGCAAAGACCAUCCUGCUGUGGCUGCCACUCUGAAUAACCUGGCUGUGCUGUAUGGGAAGAGGGGCAAGUAUAAGGAGGCAGAACCACUGUGCAAGAGAGCCCUGGAGAUCAGAGAGAAGGUGCUGGGGAAGGACCAUCCAGAUGUGGCCAAGCAGCUGAAUAACCUUGCUUUGCUGUGUCAGAACCAGGGCAAGUAUGAGGAAGUGGAGUAUUACUACUGCAGAGCUUUGGAGAUUUAUGAAUGCAGACUGGGCCCAGACGACCCCAAUGUUGCCAAAACCAAGAACAAUCUGGCUUCAUGCUUUCUCAAACAAGGAAAAUACAAGGAGGCUGAAGUUCUGUACAAAGAGAUUCUCACCCGUGCCCAUGAGAAAGAGUUUGGUUCAGUUGAUGCUGAGAACAAGCCUAUCUGGAUGCAUGCUGAGGAGAGGGAGGAGAUGAGCAAGGGCAAGCACAGAGACAACACCCCGUAUGGAGAGUACGGAGGCUGGUACAAAGCCUGCAAAGUCAACAGCCCAACUGUGAACACCACUCUGAGGAAUCUGGGCGCUCUGUACCGCCGUCAGGGCAAGAUGGAGGCAGCAGAGACGCUGGAGGAGUGUGCCAUGAGAUCCCGCAAGCAGGGAACUGAUCCAAUCAACCAGACGCGUGUUGUUGAGAUCCUGAAGGAGUGUGAUGGGGAAAGGAGGAGGAGCAGGGACAGCAUGUCCAGCGUUAAGUACGAUAGCAGCUCAGAAGCUGGAGAGGAAGUGAGUAUGGGCAUAGAGUGGAGCGGGGAUGGUAGUGGAGCUCUACAGAGGAGCGGCUCUCUGGGGAAGAUACGGGACGUCCUGCGCAGGAGCAGUGAGCUGCUGGUGAAGAAACUUCAGGGGAAUGGACCUCCCGAACUGCGCAGCACAAAUAUGAAGCGAGCUGCCUCCCUCAACUACCUGAACAAGACUGGUGAUGAUCCCUUUCAGAGCUCAGGGAUAAAUAGGUUGAGACAGAGUCGUGGACUGAGCUCCAGUAAUGUUGAUUUGUACAGUGGGAACUGAGUGCUGAGUGGAGGCUCCUCAAAGCCCAGGCUUGACUUCACCAUUGCUUAUCAUGACCCUCCAACUGCCUGAACCUCUUCUCUGAAGACCCUUAAAAGAGCUGGACCUGCAAGAACUCUGCUCAAAAACCUGCAGCUUAAGUCUGUUGGUCCAGAAAUAAUUUGUCCAAAGUCAGUGGCAGGUUUGCACUCUCCCACUUUCACUACUGUAAAACACUUUCUAGAUGUAUUUUUAGUUAAGGACGGUUUUGACGUACCUUUCUGCUACACAUACCAUGUUUCCUCUAUAUGAACCCCCCAGUAUGUCAUGUUUCUAGUAUGUAUUUUAGUUAGUUUUAUUUUUUUGAAGCCAUGCUCUUCAGCCAAAGAUGAGUCUGUCCUAGGUGAGCCUUCAAAAUGCCAAAUUAUGUAUACCUCACUGGGUUAGAUGAUAUUUGCAUAAAUUAUACAGUAAAGUGUGUACAAGUCAGUGAGUUGGGUUAGAUUUAUUAUUCACCUGUGCCAUGGUAAGCUACUGUACUGUGUCCUUGCAUGUGAUUAUGGAAGGCACUGAUCAGUUUAGAGGAAUACUUUACCCUAAAAUGUUAACAUGGAUCGGAAUGAGAGAAGACUUAUCACAAAUGAAACGUGUAAUUAGACAUGGUAUGUUACUGGACACUACAACUUCUGUUCACCCUUAAUAACUUUGCCAUUUUUUAUUUUACCAGCUCCUGUCUCUUGGCUCAUAUACUAGAUUUUUAAUAACUUAUUUUAUGGUUGUGCACAAUGUAAAUCUAGGUUGAGAAUUGCUGGUAUUAGUUUUAUGUAAGAAUUAAUCGAUUGCUCUAAAUAUUUUUGCUGUCAUCCCUUUAUUAGUUUCUGGCUCCCUUUUUUGGACUGUUUCACCCGGAUAUCAGUGGUGCUGAUGCAUGGAUUUGUCAGGGAAAAGGGCAGUCAGACAGUCUCCUAUACUUCCUGGGCUUUAUUUAUUGUGUUAUGUUGGUUCUAUCUGUCACUGCACCUACACUCCUGUAUCCUGCAGGGGAGAUAUUGCUCUGCUGAUUCAUUUUUCUUUUGGGUAAAGGAUGAGCUGGGAGAUAUUUCUAGACAGGAAUAUUCUGAAAUAAUGAAUGCUGCAGAACUCAGCAGUUUACUGGGUACAUUAUUUGGGGAGCAUUAUAGCCUAUCCAUAAUAAAGGCUUGUGUAACAUAGGAAGAAAACCUCCUGGGUCCACACCGAGGGAGAUGAUGAGGGAAAGACAAAUUUUAAUGUAGCUUUGGAGAAUUAUCCGCUAAGAAGAAAUGAGUCAUUUUAUAUUGGAAUUCAUACUGUCAGUGAUGUCAGCUAAAUCAUUUUUCUCUUCCAUGUAACAUAUAACGGAACAGACUGGAAGAUCGAGUUAAUCAUGCUGCUUGAGAUGAAAGGGUGUGACUGCAUAGGACGUUAUGAAAGAAUUUCUGCUUGACAUAAAGGACUUUUCUGUUACUCUGUAAAAAUCUAAUGAGUUUUUCCUGAAAGGCAGCUUGAGAUUUAGGACUUGACUUGAUAAAGCGUAUUAUGAAUGGGUUUCUGCUUGACAUGUAAGACUUUGCUGUUCUUCUGCAGUACUUGUCAUUUAACAGUUAACUGUUAAGAGCUUGAGAUUAUGAGCUUAUUUUACUGUAUGUCAUAUUUUUGAAGUUAAAUUAAGUUUUUUAAAUGGAUAGGCAAGUUAAUCUCACUCACUGAUAUUACUGUGCUACUACUAUAAAAGUUGGUUGAAUGUAAGUUUAUGUUGAAUGGGCUUUUAUAUAUAUA